AGCACCAAUACAGCAUUCCAGGGGUGGGAAAGCAGUCUUAGGUGUGGGGUUCUCAGGAUCUUGGACAUCCAAGUGCUGCUGGGAGUCAAGAAAGAGCAGAGAACAGAGUUGGGGCACGAGGACUGGGGACAGCAUCUAGCUUAUAGUCAAGGAUCAAGUAGAGUUCUGUCUUGUUCUGGCCAGGAAUUGUCCUUUGCUUUAUGGUGGCAGGUUUGGUGGCGGUUGUGGCUAGGAACACAAAGAGAGCUUCUAUGGAAGAUUAGACUACUGCUCUGUAGGUGAAGGACUUGAUGGAAAGAGACAUUCCAUAGUUCCAAACAGAUUACCUUCAUCGUGGAAAAUGGAUGUGUAAAUCAUAUCCCACUUCUUAGAGUGGGCCUGAACUUAAAUAGCUUAUGUAGGGAGAAAUGUCUGAGAAGGGAAGAUAAUUGGCCAAGCCCUCUGGAGCUCUAUGUACCUCAUUAGCAUGGAAAAGUCUGCUUUGGGCCUACAUGACUAUAGGUCACCUCUCUUUUAUAUGAUAAUCAUAGUAUGUUUUCCAAGUCAAGAGUCUGGCAGGGAGCUGGGAGUCACCAAAGCCACAGGUAUGUGCCCAUUGAGUCUCAGCGGCUCAACCUUCUCUACUUUACGACAGUUCCUAGCAUGUUUUUGUGUACCACAACUCCUUCCUUUUGCUUUUUCAUGUGACUGUAUCAUUUGUAAUAAAAAAUUUGGGGUAGGGUGGAGUUAUCAAAACAAAACACAAAACAGUCUGGAUGAUUAGCAUAUUAUAAGCCAGAAGGGUAAUGAGGGGUGGGUGCAUUAAGACAAGAGAUUAUUGAACCAAUUGUUUGAUGUGUUGUACAGUUUGUUAGGGCAUUAACACCAGUUUUAAACAUUUGAUUAAUAAAUAUACAUAUCAUGUUUUCCUUACUAUCAUGUACAUUUCCCCAAGUUAGGUAGUCAUGUGACCUUGGCAAGCAAGUUCUCUCUCUCUCUCUCUCUCUCUCUCUCUCUCUCUCUCUCUCUCUCUGUGUGUGUGUGUGUGUGUGUGUGUGUGUGUGUGUGUGUGUGUGUAUAGGGUUGUUGUUCUGCACUGGGCAUGGCCCUUUGGGGAGCUGGAAGGUACCACGUCUGUUCUCUGUGGGUCUCAGAUGUCAUCUGUGGAUCUCACUGUGUUUGCCUUAGGAGUCUUCAGUCAAAUAAGGCAGCUUUAUUGUCCUAGGUAGGUCCUAGGUGAUUUUGGUCAGUCUCAUUUGAAUUUGUGGCAGCGACACUGUCCUUUUCUUUUGUAGAGACAAACCUGUUGGGUAAUCACAACAGUGGAACAAAACCCCAGCAGUGGGAUUUUCUGCAUGGGGUGGGUAGUAUGUAGUAAGCCUGUAAUAGGUUGCAUGGGAACACAUUCUAUAAAACCAAGAAUGUUUGAGGAAUUUAGUCUGGAAUAGGCAGUAACAUUUUGUCUGUAAAAGGAAAGUAGUUGUUAAUUAAGGAUUAAAUAAUGGUUAUCAGCAUAGUUGGUUUGAUCUGUGGGAGUAGAUUAAAUGACUUCUGAACCUUAAAAGUAUGGCUGUCUCCUAGAGGCCCUGUCAGAGCCUUACAAAGGCAGAUGUUCACAGCCAACCAUUAGACUGAGCAUGGGGUCCUCAAUAGAGAAGAUAGGGAAGUAGUAGCACUAUCUACAAGCAGCAGGCAGAGAGAGAGAGAAAGAGAGAGAGAGAGAGAGACUAACAUGUGCUUAUGAUACCUCAAAGCCCAUUCCUAGUGACACUCCCUCUCCAACAGGCAAACCUCAUAAACUUUUUAUUCUUUCUCAAAGAGUUCCAACUGGGGACCAAGCAUGCAAUUAUAUGAACAUAUCGUGUUCAUUCUCUUUCAAACCAUCGCAGAUAGUAACUUUCGUGUGAGUUCACAUAAGAAUAUGAAACACAAUAAGCAUUGACAUUGAAAGAAAAGUAAAAUGGAGACAUUAUGUGUUGAAUCCAUUUGAAGUCUGUUAAGUUAGAGAUUGCUAUCUCAACACUAAAAUAUAUAUGGAAAUAAGACUAACCUUUUUGACAUUAUAAAUUAAGUUUCUGAUAUUAAUAACUAUAUUUUUAUUUAUAAUUUAAAUUAUAAAUUUAAAGGAAUUACUUGUAAUAGUUUGUAUAUACUGGUAAGUAUGUUUGCAUAAUGUGAAUGUUGAUAAUGUGUAUUCAUGUGGUCUUGAUAAUCAUAGAAUUAGAGCAUAUUUUUAAUGUUAAUAUUAUGAAUUAAAGGACUAUAAAAUUCAUUCAGACACCCAUUAUGAUUUUGGUUUUGUUGUUGUUUGAUUUUGUUCAUUUUUUAUUAAUUUUUUUUUUAAAUUAUUUAAAUCCUGGUUGUGCUCCUCUCCUCUGGUCCCAGCUUUACCUUCACAAAUCCUUAGACACUUGGCUCAGUCUUUGCCUCUUAAAUUUCAUUUUUAUAUACUUCACAUAAGUCAUUAUAAAAUAUCAAAAUAAUACCAUAAUCUAUUCUCUAUACAUUAUUGUCAUUAUCUUCAACAAAUAAAUAACUUCUAAUUCUUAACCUGGUAUAGAGUUAAUGAUUCAAAAAAUCUCAAGACAAACCCUCAGUUUUCUAACAUUUCUUGUAGGUGUCACAAAAACAAAACAAACAAACAAACAAACAAACAAACAAACAAAAACAAUAAAAACCACUGUACAAAUUUACCAGACAAAGUAGACUUCAACUCCAGGACCAUUGUUGUAAGAGAUAAAAAAAAAAAAAAAUCAUACUUUAUUCAACUGAAGUCUGAAUUCAGGUUUAGUAAUGCAAACAGAUUUUUUUGGGGGUGUGUGUAACUGAAUUUUAAAAUGAGGCACCAUGGCUCAUUCGAGUUUGCCAAUUGUCUUUCCUGUGUCUUUAUGGCAACAGAGAUAUUAAACUGAGUAUAAGACCCUUGAAAACUAGUCACUAACUCCUCCAUUGACUAAAGGGAGAGGUCUUCUCAUCUCUUUGGUUACAUUUCAUUGUGUUGAAUUAAGUGUUAAAAAGAUAUAAUCUUGUGUUUUAAGUAAUGAACAGAAGUUUUCAAAGGUUUUUAAAUCUCCAAGGAACAGAGAAACAAUUUUCAUGGUAAGUUUUCUAAAGAAAAUGAUUUUAGGAAAAUGAAGCCAAAAGAAGACUGUCUAAAUUUACCACAGCUGAAGAGAACAUUAAGACCUUCUUGGUCACAACCCAGGGACAAAACAAAAUGACAGCACUGCAUGCAGUUCUGCAUAAUGAAUAGGUUCUGUGUGGCUUGUAGAAGCAACUGGGAAAAGAGCUUAAUCAGUACAUAAAAUGUACAGAAUUUUUUUUUUGCAGUCAUGUCUUCUCUGUGGUGGUAGAUUAAUUGAAGAUUCUGAACAGUCAAUUUAUUUGGAGUAAGAUUAUCUUUAAAGCAGAGUUGUAGUACAGGCUAUUUUGUCUGUUAAUAUUGUCUUUUUUUUUUUUACAGUCAUUUACUUACAAGAAAUAAGUUUAAUAAGCAUAGCAAGAAAAAGGAAUGUUGGAAUACAUAUAUUAUAUCUGAUAUAAAACAGAUCAAGUCAGAGUGGAAUGCUUUUAACAAUUUAUUUUAUAUUUAUGUGUCUAUCUGUGCCCUGUGCAGUAUCUGCCAGAAGAAAAUGUCAGAUUCCUUGGAAUCUGAGUUAUGGGUGUUUAUAAACUGCCUGAUUGGAGUGGUUUUAUUUUAAUACAAAAGAGAUGUAUACAGAAAUCCUGUAUGAUAUAACAUAAAAGUAAUGGGUGGGGACCCCACUUGCCCACAAGUCCAUAGAAAUGUUGUCUCUUAAAUAUGGAUAUUUGUAACUUUCUUUAGAUCUCUGAACUAUAUAGUACUCGCAUCUCUUCAAAGUAGUGCAUAUUCCCUAUUAAACUGUUAUAAUAAAAAUAACACAGUGUAUUGUUUAAACAAUUAAAAAAAAUCUACUCAUUUUGCAAUUGACACCUGGCCAGUCCUAUGUCAAGGCAAAAUCAAUCCCCGUAGAAAGCAUUCUUCCUAACACUGAGAAGGGUCUUCUCAGUGCGCCUUCACCUUUCAGGUAGAGCAAAAAGACUAUGGAGACUCUUUCUUAGAGGCAGUUUGAGUAUCGGCUGUCCUCUCAGGACCCCCAUCAAAGCUCAUUGUUCAGUGUUACAGGGAUGGUUAAAAUAUUGACAGCAUGAAGGAGCAUAGAUAACCAACCCUUAAUGCUAUUAUUCUGCCAUUUACUUAAAUACCUUUUAAAAAUUAUUUUUAUUUAUUUAUUUAUUUAUUUAUUUAUUUAUUUAUUUAUUUUACAGUUCAGCCAUUGCCCCCUCCAAGUCACCCCUCUCACAGUUCCUCAAAAUGGAAUCUUGAAAAUGACUGAGGUUCAAAGCAUAUAUUGUUGUUACUGGUUCAAUUCCUAGUAAGCUUGUUGGACUGCUCAUACCUAUCUGUAAUUUCAGCUUCAGAGAAUAUGAUGUUCUCUUCUAACCUCCUUAGAUAACUGCAUUAAAGUGCACAUACCUUCACUCUCAUACACAUGCAUUCACAUAAUUUCAAAAGUACUCAAAUGCAUGUUAAAGAAUUAAAUGAAGAAAAUUACUUGGCCAGGAAUGUUUCUUGAUAUAAAGGUUUAUUAUUUUUUUAUGCAAUAAGGUUACAGUAAUAUCCAUAAAGAAGACCAUGAUACAAUUCACAGAACACAUGAAGCUCAAAAAUAAGGAAGACCAAAGUGUGGGUGUUUCAGUCUUUCCUAGAAGGGGGAACAAAAUACUCACAGAAGGAGAUAUGAGACAAAUUGUAAAGCAGAGACUGAAGGAAAGGCCAUUCAGAGACUGCCUCACAUGGAGAUGCAUUCAGUAUAAGGUUACGAAACCCAGACACUAUUGUGGAUGCCAAGAAGUGCAUACUGACAGGAGCCUGAUAUAGCUGCCUCCUGAGAGGCUGUGCCAGAGCAUGACCAAUACAGAUGAGGAUGCUCUCAGCCAACCAUUGGACUGAGCAUGGGGUUCCCAAUGGAGGAGUUAGGGAAAGGACUGAAGGAGCUGAAGGUGUUUGCAACCCCAUAGAAAGAACAACAAUAUGAACCACCCAUAACCCCCCGAGCUCUCAGGGACUAAACCACCAACCAAGGAGUACACAUGGAGGGACCCAUGGCACCAGCCACAUAUGUAGCCUUGUUGGACAUCAAUGGGAGGAGAGGCCCUUGGUACUGUGAAGACUUGAUACCCCAAUGCCCAGUGUAGGGGAAUGCGACAGAGGGGAUAUGGGAGUGGAUAUAACAUUUGAAAUGUAAAUACACAAAUUAUCCAAUAAAAAAAGAUUUUAAAAAAGAAGAUAACAGUUUCUAAAACACUUCCCAUGAAUCUAAAAAAUAUGAAGUUACAUGGGAAAGGGAAAACAAAAGGUACAUGUGCACUUUCCAUGGAAAAUAGUCCAUCUUAAUUGCAGUGAAAGGUGUUGAAAGAAGAGUGAGCAGUUGAUCUAAAAAGAUAUGUCUGGCCUUUGUGGACUGCCUUGAUUUUUUUAUUCAGUGGAACUUUUAUUUAUUAUAUGUGUGUUUCAUAAAAUUCAUGGGCUACAAUAUUUUCUGAUUUUAAGUUAAUGGAAAAUGUGGAUUCCCAGGGAUACAAAGAAAUGACUCAGAAUUACAUGUUUAUCUGUGUAGAAUCACCAAUGCACGACUAUGCCCCUUCCUUCACAUACGGAAGAGAACAUGCGGCUUAUAAUGUCUGAUGUUUACCAUCUGGCUAGUUGCAGGAAAUUGACAGACCCUGGCCUUAGAUAUAAUCAUCCAUGCUAAUAGUAAAUUUAAAAAGUCUCUUUUGCAGCCAGUGAGCCAAUUUUAGUAAACCAGCUGUUUUUGCCUCUGCUUAUAACUCUGGCAUCAGAAUCCUUGACACGUGACUAAUCAGCACCUAUAAUUCUCAGGGUAACUUUAUGGCUUUACUAAUUUUGUUCUUUAUAAUACAGAUACUUGCAUGCCUCAUUAGUCUUACUUAUUAUUAUAUAUUCAAAGUAUCAGUGUGAUGCUGAUUUGUUGUGCAACUUCCAGUCUUAUGAGAUUUGAGAUUCAUACUCCAUACUUGUGUUUUUCUUUCUUAUUCUGGGCUGUCUUAACAGUAUCAUUAGCAUUGUGUAAAAGAUUUUUCUGGUAAAAAAAAAAAUUAACACUUUAAAAAUGCAUUUCAUGUAUCUCAAUAAUUAGGAAGAAAAAAGUUAAUUAAAUGAAUUAAAUGUCAGUUUUAAAAUGUGUUCAAAUAGUGAAUACAUGGCAGACAGACAAGCUCUGCAACUAUUUUUUUAAUGUAGCAUGUCCUCAAAUAUUGGUUUAUAAUAUACAUUUUUGAUUAUUAUAUUUUCAUCAUGCUCUAUAAAGAUUAUUUCUUGAGUGUUACUGUUUUUAUAUGAAUUUAUAACACCCAGAUUCUGUAUCUCAUGUGCUGCCUUCCAAACAUAUUUAAAUUGAACUCGAUUUUGAAGCCAAAACGAGUUAUACACUGCGCAUAGAAGCUGCAAAUCGAGAUGCUGAUCCCCGGUUUCUGAGCUUGGGUCCAUUCAGUGACACAACAACGGUUAAGAUAAUUGUGGAAGAUGUGGAUGAGCCCCCUGUUUUUUCUUCACCCUUGUAUCCCAUGGAGGUGUCAGAAGCGACACAGGUGGGGCAUAUCAUUGGCACUGUAGCAGCUCAUGACCCAGAUUCUUCCAACAGCCCUGUGAGAUAUUCAAUUGACAGAAACACAGACUUGGAGAGAUAUUUCAAUAUUGAUGCCAACAGUGGAGUUAUUACUACUGCCAAAUCAUUGGAUCGAGAGACAAAUGCGGUUCAUAACAUUACAGUCCUUGCAAUGGAGAGCCAGAAUCCAUCCCAGGUGGGGAGAGGCUACGUGGCCAUUACUAUACUGGAUAUUAACGACAACGCACCUGAGUUCGCCAUGGACUAUGAAACCACUGUCUGUGAAAACGCUCAGCCAGGGCAGGUUAUCCAGAAAAUCAGUGCAGUAGAUAAAGAUGAGCCAUCCAAUGGACACCAGUUUUACUUCAGCUUAACAACAGACAUGACAAAUAACCACAACUUUUCAUUGAAAGAUAACAAAGACAAUACAGCCUCAAUACUCACGAGAAGAAAUGGCUUCCGAAGACAGGAACAAUCAGUUUAUUAUCUGCCCAUUUUCAUUGUGGACAGUGGAUCUCCUUCACUAAGCAGUACCAACACACUUACCAUCCGUGUAUGUGACUGUGAUGCUGAUGGCAUAGCCCAGACCUGCAAUGCAGAGGCCUAUGUUCUACCUGCUGGCCUCAGCACUGGGGCCUUGAUAGCAAUACUGGCCUGUGUCCUGACACUAUUGGUGCUGAUCCUCCUCAUUGUCACUAUGAGAAGACGAAAAAAAGAGCCUCUCAUUUUUGAUGAGGAGAGGGAUAUCAGAGAAAACAUAGUCAGAUAUGAUGAUGAAGGCGGGGGAGAAGAAGACACAGAAGCCUUUGACAUGGCUGCGCUGAGAAACCUCAAUGCCAUAAGAGACAGCAAAACUCGGAGAGAUGUGACUCCUGAAAUUCAGUUCUUGAGUCGACCGACUUUUAAAAACAUCCCAGAUAAUGUCAUUUUUAGGGAAUUUAUUUGGGAAAGACUGAAAGAAGCUGAUGUGGAUCCAGGGGCUCCACCAUAUGACUCUCUUCAGACUUAUGCAUUUGAAGGAAAUGGCUCAGUAGCUGAAUCUCUCAGUUCUUUAGAUUCCAUCAGCUCAAACUCUGAUCAGAAUUAUGACUACCUUAGUGACUGGGGUCCCCGUUUUAAACGACUAGCUGAAAUGUAUGGAAAUGGCCAAGAGAGUUUGUACUCAUAGCCUUGGACCCUUACUUUGGAAUGCACUGCAUAGAAAGUCAGCAGGAAAAAAUUCAAAAGGAAAGAAAAGUGGAAAAUACUACAUAUAGUAAACAGAAAUUCCACUUCUGGGACAAAAGGAGGUUGUAAAUAUGUCUCCAUUUUUAAUUGUUAAGGCUUCUGCCCUUGUGAAACAUUCAUUAGGUUAUCCAAGGGAUUUCUCUGACCACAGACUAAACAUUUGUAGUUGUGUUUUUUGUUUGUUUGCUUGUUUUGUUUUUUCUGUUUGUGGUUUCAUAUAAAAGAAAUGCUUAGUGGUUUGUGAAUAGAUAGCAACUUUCAUAUACCUGCAAAGGCACCUAACCUGCCUGAUAAAGUAAUGUCCUGUGUUGUCAGGGAGCCAAAGGCACCUGGAUCUAACUUUCAUGGUACCCUCUGUAAGAAUAAUAGUGCCUGGUACACCAUUCGAAAAAUCUGAGACCUUCUUGCCUAUCAAAACUUGGAAGAAUUUUAUCUCUACUGAAGCUUUUAAGAUUGCUAUAAAAGGUAGAGUUCAACAGAAUUUUAUCACUGUUGGUGCACAUAAAUAUUUUAUUUUAUUUAUCAAUAUAUACAUUCUUGUAAUAACUUCCCUAAGUGAAAAAUGGAAUAAAAACCAAUAAUUUAACAAAACAUAAGUCACUGUUUUGCCAAUAAAUUAUAUGCAGUGUUCCAAGUAAGAAAAAUGGUAAAUAAUUCUCCAAGUUUGAAGUAGUUUUGAAACUCUCAUGUAUGUAAGAUUUAAACCAGUAGUUGCUGUCUAUUUGUUAAUUUUUAUUAUCUCUUCUGAUUUGUACAGGAGAAUAUAUUUUUAUUUAAAACAUAGUGUUGUGUUUAUUUUGGAGCUCAAGUCUCCACUCAGUUCAGGUUGUUCUUACUGCCUCAUGGUAUUAAGCUCAUACGCAGGUGCUGGCUUUUCUCAUCAUGAACUACAGGAAGGACAUGAAGCAUUGAAAAUGGAGUGACAGAGCACAGCAGUAGAGCAUCAUUGCUACACACAUCUCAAAGAAAAGCAUGGCUCUAAGGACACACACACACACACACACACACACACACACACACACACACACAUUGUCCUUCUGAGCCACAGAGUGUACAAAACUGUGGGAACAAAGUAUUUGAAUUUCAGUAAGACUUGGGGAGUAUUGAGGUUUUUCUUUGACUUAGAAAUAAAUUUCCAAAAUGAAGUGUUCUAUAUGCUCCAAAGACUUUCAAGGACCUGUUGCUCAGCCUUCUUUGCUCUAAACACAUUGAGUGAAAGACUGAAAUUUAAGUAUAUUUUACAAAGUAUGGUGUCAUACAUUUCAAUCCAUUGUGCCGUGCCAGCAUUGAAUGAUGUGUAAGUUCUCUAGCUGUUAAGAUGUGCCAAAGUGAAGAGAGCAAUUUCAAGUAAUCAUAUUUGUUCAAUGUUGAGAUGAAUGUCUCAGAAUCCGAUGACUUUUUAAAACAAAAUGAUAUUUCUACUUAUUUUUCCUAGAUUAAUACUAGUUGAUUGUGCACAUAAUCAAAUAAGAAUGAAUUUAUUUGCCUUACUUUCUUGUUUCAAAAUUAAUUAACUGCUAAGUUCUGAGUAAACAUAUACAUUGUGAGUACUGUGUAUGAAUUGUGUUCUAGAAGUCCUCCUUUGGAGAAGAAAUCAGAACUGAAUUUCUCUGCUAGUUAAGUGAGAAGAAGCUAUAUAGGAUGCUGUAACUUGCAGUCUACAAUUAAAAAUGGGGUAUGAGAAAGUGGCCUUCAGCUGCAUAAUAUCAAUAAUUCAAUAAACUCAUUAAUCUAUAUACAGUCCUUAAAUAGAAAAAGUUAUUUAGAUAUUGUUCUAUGACUAGAUAGCUGCUAUAUUUCUUGCUGUAUUCAGAGUAUUAUGUAUAACAUUUUACAGUAGAGUAAAGUAUCCUGUUUAUAACUCUUAGAAAGACAAACAAAUUCUUCAGAUUAAAGCAAACAUCAUAUCUUUCAAGUUUAAUAAAAAUCAGAUUGUGGUGCAGGAAUUAUAUAGAUGCUGAAUCUGCAAAUUGCUAACAAAAUAGUUUUUAACAAGCCCCUGAUAUCUAGAAGAAAAUGAAAUAUUUACUACUACAAUGAUAGUGGCAUAAAACUGCUUGUGUGUGUGUGUGUGUGUGUGUGUGUGUGUGUGUGUGUGUGUAUACAUGUAUAUACAAAAUGAUGUUGUGGUUGAUUUUUGCUAAAGGAGCCUCUUGUGACACAAAUUUUAUCACUUUGAAAUGUGAAUGGAAUUUACCUUUUUCUAGUGGUAACUCAAGAAAAGAAUGCAUUACUAUAACUACUGGUUUGAAAUUCUUUGCAUCUAUCACAAUAUUGGUUAACUUUUAUUGUAGUUUAUGAAGUUGCUAAAAAUAGAUGGACAAAUGUCAUUACUAUCAGUAGAAUUUAUAUGACAAACUCAAAUUUGACAGCAAUGGGGUUAAUAUAGUCACUAUUUAUUAUUUUAGCUUGCUUUCAUGUUCUUAAAUCUAAUGGUAUGUCUGGCAUUAUAAUAUAUUAGAGCUAAAAGUUUACAUCAGUUGACUUAAGAGGUGAAUUAUUAUACAAAUUUAGGGAUAUUUCCAAAGUGUAUUUAAAUACAUGUAUUUAUUAUUUAGUGAUUUAAAUUUAUCAUUGUGCUUUAAACAGUCAGAUGAAUCUCAAGAACCAGUAUGGACCUUAUUCUUGAAAUUUACUUGCAUUAGUAUAGUUUUCCUGAAUUUGAUAUGAAUAUAAUAUGAAAACUUAGGCAAUUUAGAUAAUGGCAUAUUGUCUGAUAAAAAUAUUGUAUUAGUUGUCUAUUUAUUUUUUCUCUGUUCCUUAUUAUUUUUGAGAACUGGUCCUAUCUGUAUCCCAGAGUUGCUUCAUACUCAUGGUAAUUCUCUUUUCUCAAUCUCUCUUCCACCUGAAUUAAAGUUUUACAUGAACACACUUGACAUGCAUACCCCAAUCUAAUUCAUCACACCAUAAUUCAAGACUAUAGAUACAUUUUUGAAUAAUAUCAAACAGUGAUUUUUAAAAGAUGUGCUAAAUUCUGUCCUUAAUCACAGAUGCAUCAUUAGAAGUAUGUGUGGCAUAAAGGGGCUGAACACUUCAUUGUAGGAAUAGAUAUCUUUAUAACUUGUAGUACAAAAGACUAGGGCGGUAGCCCAUGUGUUUAAACGUUGCUCAUUUAUACAUCACAGCAAUUCAUUGUCUUCAAAUUAAUAUUUGGAACUGUCUGAUUUCUUUAAAAUGUAAUUCAAGUUCAUUUAUUACUAUAUAUGUUGGAAAAUAUACAAAAUAUCUUUUCUGAAUUAUAAAUUUUGGGUAAUUUAAAAUCAUGAUAAAAUUAUAAACCAAACCAGACAAUAAACCAUUAUCAGCUACAAACUAAAAUCAAGUACAAGUUCACACACAAACACACACACACACACACACACACACACACACACACACACACACACACACACACACACACACACAAAUUGACCAGUGGAGGCAAUGAAUAGAUCAGUGUACCAGUAAUCAAUGUACUCAAUGGAACAGGAUACCCAUUUCUUUACUAUAAGCAGCUACUGGGACAAAUUAAAGUUUGGACUGGAUGCAAGAAUGGGAAAUGUACACAAGCAUUAUUUGAUGGUAUGAAUCUGAUGGCUCACCAUCCAUAAACAUUCUCAAUUACCCUAAAUCUAAGCAUGUUUAAUCUACACGGUCCUUGGUAAUGAGAAGGCAUAGACAGGUGUUCUUCACAAAAUGAAAAGUGGUACAGGUACAGGCAAAAUCUGUCACAUGAUUCAUGGGCAGAAAUAGAAAUGCCAAUGCAUUAUUCAAAUGUUGACCUGAAAGAAACUGAAAAUAAGCUGUUCAAGGAAGAAGAAAAGCAGUUUUGUUUCAACAUUUUAAACUCUCUAAGCACUAGCAAGAAAUAUUAGUCAUGUUUAUAGUUUUAGCCUGUCAUCUGUUGACUUACACAAGAUUUUAAUUGCUUCAAUUUUAUUAGUCACUAUUUACAUGUUUAUUUACUGUUAAUCUAAUAUAAUUAUAGUUGAUUAAAUCUUCAUCUUAACUCUUUCAGGUCAGAUAUAGGUAAAGGCAAGUAGAAGACAUGAUAAUUAACAUGAAUUCAUCUAUUUGUGUUAGUCUACAUGUACAGUGAUCUAAACAAACAGUCUAAAAUGUUCACAAUAAAUAACAUGCAUAUAUCCAAAGGUAUAUAACAUGUUGAUGUGGGAAUUAAUACAAUCUUGUGUGGUAAGUAAAUAUAAUUGACCAAAAUUGAUACUCAAAUCCCAGUGCCUUGUAUAUAAUAAAGAUUAAGAAAGAAUUUAUAUCCUAUAUAUUUUAAGUUUAGCUGGAUUAUUUUGCAGAGAACAUAAGCAAUAUUUAAGUCUUGUGAUUAGGAAACAGGAAGAAAAUCCCCAGUAUAAAACUCUAGUAGAAAUAAAUGUGUGUGAUAGUCCUAUAAAUUUAAAUUGCAAUGCUGAUUUCUAUUGACUUGGUUUACCUGAAAUGUAUACAUGUGUAAUAGUGGAAGCAUUGGGAGGUUUGUCUGAAGCAACUGCAAACAAAGUAGUAGACAGGCAGUUAGCUAAGGAAGUACAUUAUUUAUCUUGUCAAAAGUAAUUAUAUAUUUUAAAAGUACAAUUUAUAUUGGGAGAAAGAGCUUGGCUGCUAAAAGAGGAACACUUAGAUGAAAAAUGUAUAAUUGUCAUGUCUUGCUGUAUAGACGUGAUCUCAUUUUUAACAUAGGAUCUGGAAAAUGAAUUAAUUUUUGUGAAAUGCUAUCAGCCUUCUGGAAUAUCUAUCAUCCAAGGUCAAUGAACAAGACACUCAAUAUAAGCAUACAAGUCUAAGACACAGACAAAAGGCUGAUUCUUUAUACUUUUAUAUCUUGAUUAUUAAAACAGAGUCAUGAGCCGUAUUUAUUUUAAAAGCUCAUGAGACUAAACAUAACAGGGAUAAAUUUCCUAAAUAGAACCCCAUUUUGUUCUGGGGCUCAGACUCUAAGAUCAUCAAUUGAUAAAUAGGACUUCAUGAAACCAAAAAGCUUCUGUAUGGCAAAAGAUACUGUCGAUCGGACAAAUCAGCAAGCCACAAAUUGGGAAAAAAUCCUCAUCAACUCCACAUCUGAUAGAGAGAUAAUAUCCAAAAUAUAUAAAGAACUCAAGGAGCUAUCCUUGAAAAAAAACAAAUAAAAACAAAUAACCUAAUUUUUAAAAUGGGUACAAACUAAACAGAGCAUUGUCAACUGAGGAAUCCCAAAUAGCCAAGAAGCACUUAAAGAAAUGUUCAAAGUCCUUUAGUCUUCAGGGAAAUGCAAAUCAAUAAGACCCUGAGAGUUUAUUACAUUUAAUUUUAUACACUGAAUUCAGAAACUUUCUGAAUGCUAAAGCAGGUCAUUGGCAUAAUUAAUAGAAGUAGACUCAAAAUUCACUAGAAUGUUUUUCAAGCAUCUGAUCACAAUAAUUUACAAAAAUUAAACUAUCAUUUUUUACAAGUGAUAACCAGUCAGGAACAAUUUUUCUUCACUCCUGACUAGGUAGAUUGAGGCUUUUCAAUGUUUCCAAGUAUCACUACAGAACAAAAGCAUGGCAAAAUAUAAAGGAAACAAUAAUACUGACAAGUCAGUUUGCCUGUAUGUAUCCACAGCAGCAGAAAAAAAAAUUCUUAAAAUUUCAGUAAUUUUGUCAUACAUAUACACACAAAACAGACUCAAAACAUAUACACAUACACACACAUUACACCAUAUAAACACACAAACACUCAUAUAUACACAUGUAUGAACACAUAUAGACUCAAAUGCCUUCAAAUUUGCUUAUACAUAUAUACAUAUAUAUAUAUACAAUUUAAAAAUUUAUGAAGCACAUAUAUGACUUAAAAUUUUGAGUUUAUAAAGACACAUUGUUAUAUAUAUGGAGAAUACACACAUUCAAGAAGUUUGGGAUAAUAGGUACUUUUAAAAGUAUUUUUUGAUAUUUAUUUCAAUUUUUAAAUAAAUUAUAUGCACCAGAUCCAAUAUCUAGAAUGUUAUGUGAAGACAUUUGAAAUUGACCCCACAUUUUGAAGCUCUUCACUGCUUCGGAAUUCUGAAAAACAGAAUUCUGAAAAUGUAGAGAAAUGAGCUCUUCAUCUAGAUAGUAUAUUAUAGCAUAUCUUUCAUUAAUAUUAUUACUGCAUAUUAAUAUGAUAUUAGUGUAAUUAUAUUUAAAGUAAUUGAAAGUACUUGAGAGUCAGCUUAUCUAAAAAUGAUGUAGUACAGAAAUUCUUAAUGCACUGAUUAUAGACUUAAUUCUGAACAUCCAGUUAUAUUUGUCCUUGAAAGUGAGACUAUAAUACAAAUCUAGAAUUUGAAUAUGUGGUAGAGCCUCAAAGGAUCCUUUGUGAUCAGGUAAAUACUACCUUGCAGUGAAAUAAAUAUGGGGCAUUUCAAGUGUAGAUGCAGGCACUAAUUUAUAGUUACCACAUCAAAGUGGUAUAAAAUGUGCUUAAAGUGUACAGUGAAUACUUGAGUCAUGAGUAAAAUAGUAUGUGGAGUGGUGUAGGAACUGAGAUUGUUCAAAGCUUAGUUUUUGUUUUUCUUUCCAUGUGUUAUUUGUUGCAUUAAAAACAACAGAAAAUAUAUACAGGUAUGGUGGUAUACACUUAUGACCAUAAUAAUGUGGAUACUGUGAUGGGAUGAUUGAAAUUUUGAAUCCUUCCUGGACUAUAGAAAAACCAUGACUCAAAAAAGGGAAAAAUAAGCAGAAAAAAUAGACAGAAAAAAAAAUACUGUAGAAAUAAAUAUUUCCGCAAUUCCUAAUAACAACUUCCUACCGUAUACUACAAUUUACUCUGUCUCACUUGUUAUAAUGGGUAUUAUUGUUACUUAAUUCUGAUGUUUCUUCGUAAGCAACUGAUUUUGUAUGAAAUUAUAAUAAAUUUUUUAUGUACAUGCAA